CUUUUAUCCUUGUUUCUAAUUUUUUUUGGUGUGUGAGAGAGAGAUUAUGGGUUCUGUUUGUUGUGUUGCUGUGAAAGAAAGAAAGGUUCCUCCUUCUCCUCCUUUUAGUAGUGGUCUUGCUCCUCUUGCAUGCUCCCCACAAUGGAGUUUUCGACGUGAUAAUAGGAGACGUGUUGCUGAUGAGAUUGAAGGUUCACCUUAUUACAGUCUUGAGAGUAGAAGUAUUAGCUUGCGUAAGACGUCACUAGGCUCUGAAAGAGGUACUCUAUCUGAGGGAGGAGGAGGAGGAGGAACCCUUCCUCUUGAUGGGUCUUUAGGUACUCUUGCUUCUCAGAAACCAGCAACUUCUUCAGAUUCAUCCUUUGAUAGUGAACACUUAGGUUCUAGCAGACGCAAACUUAGUAAUAGUAGCAGCAGAUUCUCCUUGUCCCCUUCCGUUGUUGUUGAUCAGCAGACUUGUGGAGUUUGCUCAAAGUUACUAACCGAGAGGUCUUCUUUUGUUGCCACCUUCGAGCUCUCAAUCGCUGCUUUUCUUGCUUGUGGUCAUGUUUACCACGCAGAGUGCUUAGAAACCAUGACUACAGAGAUAGACAAGUACGAUCCUACUUGUCCCAUAUGCACCAUUGGGGAGAAACGUGUUGCAAAAGUAACAAAGGCAGAGAAGUACAAAGGAUUUAAAAACCAUGUGGUGGAUAACCUAUAA